AUGGCUACCACUCUCGCAGAACUCGAAAAAGCUCUAAAGAGUGAGUUCGCAAAACAAUCAUUCACAAUAUCCGCCUCAUUGUCAGAUGCACAAUAUAGCGAUGGAUUUCAAGUGGUGUCGGCCUCACCAAAGGACGGGAUCUAUGCGGACUUCGUUCUACCUCGACUCGAAUCGAUACUCACGUCGAAUUCGUGCUCCAUCGAAGGACUCUCGAUUUUGGAAAUCGGACCUGGUCCAGAAAGCGUGUUGACGUGCCUUCCUCAUCAUCUGAGAAAGGCUGUCAAGAAGUAUACCGCAUACGAGCCAAAUCAUGUCUUCGCUGAGAAACUCAAAACCUCGCUCGACCUGUCAAGUUGUCGGGAAAACCUGUUUCCGAGUUUAAAGAGCGCAGCUGUCGUUCACGAGUUCAAGUUUCAUCCGGAAGUCAAAAGAACGAACGAUGUUCUGCAAAGUGAGGAUACAUCGUUCGACAUUAUCCUUUUCUGUCAUAGUCUUUAUGGCUUGAAGCCCCAAUCCGAAUACAUCAAAAAAGCCAUCAGCAUGCUGUCCGAUCGAUCCAAGGAUAGUCUCGUGGUCGUCUUCCAUCGCGAAGGGGUUCUUGAGCUCGGAGAUCUCGUCUGCCACCAAGUGGUGAAUCAUCCACUUGGUAUGGUUAGUGUGACAGAUCGCGAUGAUGCUCUGGACAACUUUGCCCAAUUCAUCGCUGGUUGCAAGGCACCUGAUGUGAACGAAAAUCACGAUGUGUGCACAGCAUGGCGUCAGAUCUGCCGUGAACAUGGUCUGCGGAACCAGGCACACCCAGACGUGAUUAUGUUCUCUUCGCCUGAUGCGUUAUUCACCUUCAACCGAGGAGCACUGGCCUUACCUGAAUUACUCGAUGUGGUCCCUCAAGCACCAUCCGACUAUGUCGUCAAAAACCGUGAAGCUCGCGUUUAUCGCCCCGCCGCCAUCGUCAGGCCUACUUCCAUCACCCAUGUUCAAGAGUGCGUCCGAUGGGCUUUGAGACACAAGUUAUCUCUGACCGUCAUCGGCGGAGGGCACAGUGGACAGUGCUUGCGGCCGAACGUCGUUGCGGUCAAUAUGAGCGCUUUCAAAGAGAUUUAUAUCUGGCGAGAUCAAACAAGUACACCGAAUGAACUUGUUGUUGCUGGCGCCGGCUGUACUUCUGGCGAUAUCAUUGGAUACACGUUGGCUGCGGGUCUGACCGUACCUCUAGGCUCACGGCCAAGCGUCGGCGCUGGACUCUGGCUGCAAGGCGGGCUCGGUCAUCUUGCACGUCUGUAUGGGCUCUCAUGCGACUCCAUCGUUGGCGCCGUGGUCGUGAGUGUUUUGUCUGGGGAGAUUUGGUGCAUCGGACACGUUCCAAACGAAUUCUUCCCAGAUGCAGCAGUCACGCCGAAGGAUGAGUCGAGCCUACUGUGGGCGACGAAAGGAGCUGGAACCAAUUUCGGCAUCGUUACGAGUGUCGUGUUCAAACCCUGUGAAAGUCCAUCAUACUUGAUCCGAAAUUGGAUUCUUCCCGUAAAUGACAGCUCGGAGUUGAAACUCAGAUUGCAGGAUUUCGAAGAUAACGUUGUGAAUAAAUUGGCCCGAGACUGUUCGGCAGACGCCUAUCUCUUCUGGGAAAACGACGCGUUGCAACUCGGAAUUGCUUUCUGCGAGAUCUUCAAAGCUGGGCGCACUCCGCUUGAAACAACACGAGUUGCGCAGUCGAUCAUUUCUGUGCUUGGACCGGAGUACAAAACUCAAAGCGUUGACAGUGUUGGCCUCUUUGACACCGAAAUGUACAUGUCACAACUCCAUGGCGGUCACGGAGGCGGCAAGACCUCUUCGUUCAAGCGCUGCGUUUUUUUGCAAAACAUCGGCGACAAAGAGGUGGCAUUAAGGUUUGCAGCAGCUGUGCAGUCACGACCAUUCGAGCUGUGUUACCUCCACCUACUGCAUGGUGGUGGGGCAACUGGUGAUAUCCCUGCAGAAGGCACAGCUUUCGGCUGUCGUGACUGGAACUUUGCCUGUAUAAUUACAGGGGUAUGGCCUCGCGGAAAGGAUGGUGGUAAGCUAGCUCGGAGGGUCAUGCAGUGGGUUUACGAUGUCGCGUACGAUCUGUUGCCUGAAAGCAAUGGCGCAUAUGGAGCUGAUCUCGGGCCUGAUCCGCGGGAUGCUGUGCUGGCUGCUCAUGCUUUUGGGCCGAAUGCAGCAAAGCUUUCCGGCUUGAAGUUGGGAAUGGAUCCUGGCAAUGUGCUGGCAUUUGCAUGCCCCUUUCACACUGAAGGGGGGCGGAUCGACAUGGUUGAACUUCUUGUACUCAUCAUUCUCUUCACGGGCGAGAGCUGUGCCGGCAAAGACUUCACAGCGUCGAUCUGUGAGUCUGUUUUCUCUACACACAAUGGCGGGCGCCUGAAUGUACGAGUCGUCAGCAUCAGCGACACCUUCAAACGGCGAUACGCCAAAGCUACAGGUGCUGACCUCGGCCGACUUCUCAACGAUCGCUUGUACAAGGAGGAGCAUCGACCAGCGUUGACCCACUACUUCAAGCAAGAAUUGAAGCACUCUCCUGACUUGCACGAGCAGACUUUCAUGGAUGUGGUGGGUAGUGCUCGCGACGCCGAUGUCAUCCUGAUCACGGGACUGAGAGAAGAAGCACCCGUCGCGAGUUAUGCUCACCUGGUGCCAUACACGAAGCUCGUGGAGGUCCAUGUGAAGGCCAGCGAGCACCUGCGGAGAGCUCGGAAAGAGUGCAAUGAGUCGCACACGGAUUGCAAAUCAUUCAGCCAAUGCGAGAAGGACCACAUACCUGGGGGAGCUCUGAUCUUCUACAAUAACGCCCCUGGAGGCUAUUCCGCCGAGUAUUUCUGCAAGAAGCGUCUUCUUUGCUUCAUCGACGAAGCUCUCCAGCGACUGGCUGGGAUGGUGGCUACCAUCGAGGACUGGCCAAAGCCAGACCUCCAAUUUCGCCAUGUCCUCGGUAUUGCUGAGGCCCAGGGCGGACUCGAACUCUGCACCUCAUUGAUGGCGACUCGCCUGUUCAACAACGGGAGCAUGAUCGAUGUCAUCGCCUGCUGCGAGAGUGGCGGUUUCGUCUUCGCAGGAGCUUUAGCUCAGAAGAUAGGCGCUCGGCUGGCGAUCCUCCGCAAAGCUGGGAAAUUGCCUCCACCGGUCGUAUCGGUUCGCAAGCCUGCGUCGUACAUCUCCUCGCUGGCAGAUCGACCUCCUGGGAGAACAGAUAUAGAGAUGGGCGCGAGCGUGGUGUCACAGGGCAGCAAAGUGUUGAUCGUGGAUGACCUUCUGGCGACGGGAACAACGCUUUGCGCCAUGCUUUCUCUGCUGAUGACCGCCGGGAUCGCGCUGGAAGACAUUCAAGUGGCGGUCGUGGUCGAGCUGCCGUAUCACGGUGGGCGGAAAUACCUCCAUGAGCAAGGUUUCGGUAGAGUUGCAGUGGACAGCCUUCUGGUGUUCGAAGGACAAUAGCCUCGACAUGUGUGAGCGACGAUCAGAUUGGGUCGCUUCUUGGGAUGAAGCCUUGUUCCUGUACGAUCAGAAUGUACUUGUAUUCGAAACUGUGAUAAGUC